CACUCCACUCCUUACACGUUAAGGAGAAUUUUCAUUUGAGUUAGGAAUGAUGGAGAUUAUCUCAAAUUUUUCUACCCACCCCAUCCCCAGGUGUAAUGUACAAUGCGGUCAAAUUGUCCACAUUUUCCUCAUGGAAGUGUGAAACCAUAGUGCUGAUUGGUGGACUUUUAAUAGGACCAUGUCGAGAGAGAGAGAGAGUCAAAACAAAGGUUAGGAACAAAACAACUGAAGAAGACAAACUAAUGUAACUAACGGUGUGUUGUAAUUGAUCAUGAUCAUGCAUGUAAUAAACUAUUAAUGUUGUUUCCAAAUUAGUAUACUAUAUUGAACAGGUCUCUAUGUUGUUCAGCGUGGGAAUCAUAAUAUCACAAAAAAGGACAUUGACAAAAUGGUUCUAAUUGGGAUCCAACGGCUACGAAUCCCAGUUGCAAUUUGAAUAUCAUAUUCCUACUCCCAGCUUUUUAUGGAGCUUUUUAGACUACUGCUACACAAGUUCUUCUAAGUAUACAUACAUACUACAAAGAGCUUAUCUCACAUUCUUCCUGCUCUGCUCUUCAAGCUCAUACAACACUGCAAAACCAAAGAAAGUAAGAAUGAGAGUGUCCACUGGAGCAGUUGAAGCUGCAGAAGUAAAUAUUAGGCCAAUAAACUCUGAAGUUGUUUCUCAGGAAGAAGUAUCUGGGUCAUUGGAGCAAAAGAACCUUGUUGAUUACUCAGCAGAAAGAAAGAAGUCACUGCAAGCCCGUUAUUCAUAUGGCAUUAUCUUCUUGGUAACAAAUCUUAUUGCAUGGUUUAUCCGUGACUAUGGGCAAAGGCUUUUACCUCAGCUUCAUUAUCUAAAAGCUUGUGGAACUGGGGGACAUGAUUGUUUUCGAACAUUGGGAGUUCUUCGCGUGAGUUUAGGAUGUUUUAUAUUUUUCUUUCUUAUGUUUCUUAGUACUAUAAGUACAAGGAAAUUGUUUGAAGCUCGCAAUACUUGGCAUUCCAGAUGGUGGGCAUUUAAGUUUUUCCUGUUCAUUGUAUCAGUGGCAGUUCCAUUCUUCUUGUCUUCAGAUUUUGUUCAGUUAUAUGGUGAAUUUGCUCGCAUUGGCGCAGGGGUUUUUCUCCUCCUCCAACUUGUAAGUGUCAUCCAGUUUAUCAAUUGGUGGAAUAAUUGCUGGAUGCCUGAUAAGGAAAGAAAGCAAAGCUGCUCCUUUGGGUUAUUCAUAUCAACACUUUUCUACAUUGCUUCCAUAUGUGGAAUUGUGGUGAUGUACCCAUUCUAUGCCCGAAGAACGUCAUGCACACUCAACAUAUUUUUCAUCACAUGGACCGCAAUUCUGCUAAUUGUGAUGAUGGUUGUAUCCUUGCAUUCAAAGGUCAACCGAGGUCUUUUAUCUUCAGGGAUUAUGGCUUCUUACGUUGUUUUCCUCUGUUGGUCUGCGAUCAGAAGUGAACCUGCCACUGAGAAAUGCUACACAAAAGAGCAGGUGAAUGGAAAUGGUGAUUGGACUACCAUACUUAGUUUUUUGAUGGCAAUAUGUGCAAUUGUCAUGGCAACCUUUUCGACUGGGAUUGAUUCACAGUCAUUUCAGUUUCGCAAAGAUGAAGUCCAGCAGGAGGAUGAUAUUCCUUAUAAGUACGGAUUUUUCCACCUGGUAUUCUCUUUGGGGGCCAUGUACUUUGCAAUGUUAUUUAUCAGUUGGAACCUAAAUAGCUCAGCCAGGAAGUGGAGCAUUGAUGUUGGCUGGGCAAGUACAUGGGUGAAAAUAGUCAACGAGUGGUUUGCAGCAACAUUAUACUUAUGGACCCUGAUCUCCCCUGUUGUGAUACAGAGCAAGGUCAUGGACAAUGAUGAGCCUAUGCAGCAGACAGAUGAAUCAGCUAUUCCAUGAUAUAUAUAAAAAAAAGGGCUUGCUUUAGCUUUUUCCCUUGUUAUGUUGUAAUCAUUCUUUCUUUCAUUCGUCAUUUUUCAACCAACAAAAAGGUCAAACAUUCACUAAAGAAAGCAAAUCUUAGACUCUUAGUAUAGCAAGUAGAGAACAAGAUGCCUGGCAAUAGAGAUUACCUAUUUCUUAUUUACAUUUAAAAAAAAAAAAAAAAUUGAUCUUACUUUAGUGAUGGACUUAAGCAUAUGAAAAGCUUUGAAAUAAUUAAUUAAGCCAGGAGGCUUCUUUCCUC